AUGGCGAGCCGGGAUGUGCUGAGCGCCAGGCGCAGCCCGCAGCGCCCCCGAGUUUGGGCCGCGGCCGCCGCCCCCGCCCGGGCCGCGAUCUCCCUCCCCAGCUCCCUCUUGUUCCCACCCCACUCUAACAACUCCACCUCCUCCUCCAUGCCCCUGUUCCUCCUGUUCUUACUUAUCCUCCUCCUGCUGCUGGAGGACGCCGGAGCCCAGCAAGGUGAUGGAUGUGGAUACACUGUACUAGGCCCUGAAAGUGGAACCCUUACUUCUAUAAAUUACCCGGAAAACUAUCCCAAAAGCACCGUUUGUGAAUGGGAGAUUCGCGUAAAGGUGGGACAGAGAGUGCACAUCAAGUUCGGUGACUUUGACAUUGAAGAUUCUGAUUCUUGUCACUUUAACUAUGUAAGAAUUUAUAAUGGAAUUGGAGUCAGCAGAACGGAAAUAGGCAAAUACUGUGGUCUGGGAUUGCAAAUGAACCAUUCAAUUGAAUCAAAGAGCAAUGAAAUUACAGUGCUGUUCAUGAGUGGCACACAUGCUUCUGGACGAGGAUUUUUGGCCUCUUACUCAGUUAUUGGUAAACAAGAUCUAAUUACUUGCUUGGACACUGCAUCUAAUUUUUUGGAACCUGAAUUCAGUAAGUACUGUCCGGCUGGCUGUCUGCUUCCAUUUGCUGAAAUAUCUGGAACAAUUCCUCAUGGCUACAGAGAUUCCUCACCAUUGUGCAUAGCUGGUAUACAUGCAGGAGUGGUGUCCAACAUUUUGGGUGGCCAAAUCAGUGUUGUAAUUAGUAAAGGUAUUCCAUACUAUGAAAGUUCAUUGGCUAACAACGUCACAUCUGUGGUAGGACAUUUAUCUACAAGUCUUUUUACAUUUAAGACAAGUGGUUGCUAUGGAACGCUGGGGAUGGAAUCUGGUGUGAUUGCUGAUUCUCAGAUAACUGCAUCAUCUGUGCUGGAGUGGACUGACCACACGGGGCAGGAGAACAUUUGGAAACCGGAAAAGGCCAGGCUGAAAAAACCUGGACCCCCUUGGGCUGCUUUUGCCACUGAUGAAUAUCAGUGGUUACAAAUAGAUCUGAAUAAGGAAAAGAAGAUUACAGGCAUCAUAACCACCGGAUCCACCAUGGUGGAACACAAUUACUAUGUGUCUGCCUACAGAAUUCUGUAUAGUGAUGAUGGGCAAAAAUGGACUGUGUACAGAGAACCUGGUGUGGAGCAAGAUAAGAUAUUUCAAGGAAACAAAGAUUAUCACCAGGAUGUACGUAAUAACUUUUUGCCACCAAUUGUUGCACGUUUUAUUAGAGUGAACCCUACCCAAUGGCAGCAGAAAAUUGCCAUGAAAAUGGAACUGCUUGGAUGUCAGUUUAUUCCUAAAGGUCGUCCUCCCAAACUUACUCAACCUCCACCUCCUCGGAGCAGCAAUGACCUCAAAAAUACAACCACCCCUCCAGAAAUAGCCAAAGGUCGUGCCCCCAAGUUUACUCAACCACUCCAACCUCGCAGUGGCAAUAACUUGCCUGCACAGACGGAGCAAACCACUGCCACACCUGAUAUCAAAAAUACUACUGUAACUCCAAACGGAACCAAAGAUGUAGCACUGGCUGCAGUCCUUGUCCCUGUGCUGGUCAUGGUGCUCACCACGCUCAUCCUCAUUUUAGUGUGUGCUUGGCAUUGGAGAAACAGAAAGAAAAAAACUGAAGGCACCUAUGACUUACCUUACUGGGACCGAGCAGGUUGGUGGAAAGGAAUGAAGCAGUUUCUACCUGCCAAAUCAGUAGAACAUGAGGAAACCCCUGUCCGCUACAGCAGUAGUGAAGUUAAUCAUUUGAGUCCAAGAGAAGUGACCACAGUGCUGCAGACUGACUCUGCAGAGUAUGCCCAGCCACUGGUGGGAGGAAUUGUUGGCACACUUCAUCAGAGAUCUACCUUUAAACCAGAAGAAGGAAAAGAAGCAGGCUAUGCUGACCUGGACCCAUACAACUCACCUGUGCAGGAGGUUUACCAUGCCUACGCCGAACCACUCCCCAUUACUGGUCCUGAGUAUGCCACCCCGAUCGUCAUGGAUAUGUCAGGACACCCCACAGCCUCAGUUGGUCUGCCCUCAACAUCCACUUUCAAAGCCACAGGGAACCAGCCUCCUCCUUUAGUGGGAACUUACAACACCCUUCUCUCCAGGACGGACAGUUGCUCCUCUGCCAGGGCCCAGUAUGACACCCCAAAAGGUGGAAAGUCAGGUCCAGGUGCUCUGGAUGAAUCGGUGUACCAGGUGCCACAGAGUACGCAUGAAGUAUCAGGAACAAGGAGGGAGGACGAAGGUGAUGGUUGA